AUGAUCAUCCUUCCUGUUUUAGAUGACGACCAGAAGCCACCGAAUGACCCGGACGAGGAUGCGGCUGCGAGAAUGCGCCUCAAGCGAAAACUGCAGAGGAACCGCACGUCUUUCAGCCAAGAGCAGAUUGAAGCUCUCGAAAAAGAAUUUGAACGAACUCAUUAUCCUGAUGUUUUCGCUCGAGAGCGACUAGCCCAAAAGAUCGGCCUUCCAGAAGCACGAAUACAGGUUUGGUUUUCAAAUCGUCGUGCAAAAUGGAGGCGGGAAGAAAAGCUGCGCAACAAACGACCUGGUGGACUUAUGGAUACUUCGAUGUCAAAUGGCACACCAACGCCAACGGGUUCGGGUCCCGGAAGUGCUAUUGAUGGAUCACCUGCACCACCACAAAAUCGUUUUCCUCCAAACCCCACUGCAGUUAGUACGAGUUUCGUACCGUCUGCGGGUCAGAUGUACACAGGUCUAGCACCUCAGGCUAUGGACCCUUAUGCAUUCGGAUUCGCCAAUGCAGGCCUCGGCAUGGCACCUUACCAACCGACAGCAGAUUUUAGCUCCCAUCACAUGUUCAGUGCCAACACCCGAUCACCCUACGACGCUUUCCAUCCAUACGCUCGACCAAUGCCAACCAGUGGCGGACCGUCAUUCCAACCUUCAAUGAAUCCAGCCACGACAUCCGUUGGAGGUGAGUGCGCUCAUUCAGUCCAUUCAUCUUUGAUACCGUUCCAUGACGUUCUCAGCCCUACCGUAGUUGUAUGCUUUGUGCGCAGUGUGCGUCGCGAC